UACAUUUAUUUUUUAAUUUUCAAAAGUGGUUUAUUUCUAAAACAGAGCAAAAGAAAAAUGAAUACAGAUACGGUGGACAUGGCAAGAUAUUACGAUGCCAUUAGCUCGGUUUACGUCCAGAAUCGGAUUCGUGACGAAGAUAUGAAGUGGAUCGAUUUCGAUGAAAACGACGACGUGCUCGAUGUUGGAUGCGGUUCUGGGAGAUUGUGUAAAAUGCUGUCCCCUCGAGUAAACUCAGUUACUGGUUUAGACAUUUCUCCUGGCAUGAUAGAAUACGCAAAGAUGGAAAACUCGGGGCCCAACAUUCACUUCUUUCAAGAAGAUGCGCAGACGUUCGGUCCUCUCCUUACCGACUGGCGGGGAAGUUUUAACAAGAUCCUGAGUAUGACAGCUCUUCAUUGGUGCUUCGACAAGGAGAAUGUAUUGAGGAAUGUCUUCCAGUGUCUUAAACCUGGUGGUCUAUUCCUCCUUGGCUUCGUUACACGGUCUCAACUCUUAACACAACAUAGAUCCUACGGUGAAACUUGCGAUGCUUGGAUUCGAAAGCAUGCACAAUGGGGACAAUAUCUACAGGAGUGCAACUACGAGGUAUUUCCAAUAAAAAGCACUGAGAGCUUUCUAGACCUUAUGAGAUCAGUGGGUUUCGUCAUUAGACGUUCAGAGGUGAAGCAAUCCCCUUGGGUUGAAUGGAAGGAAAGUGAUGUCAAAAAACAAUUGCGUUGCCUAUUUUACCCGAUAAAGUACAUCCCUGCGGAACACCACGAUGAAUUCAUCGAUGACGUAUAUAAGCAUAUGCGUGACGUCACACCUAAGAGAAGUGGCAAUGUCUUCUAUGGUGACAUGGGUAGAAGUGAACACAUGACCAUUGUGGCUACCAAAGAAUGACGCUUUCAAGUUUUUGACCUGACUGACACAAAUGUAUCCAUCGGUUUGUUACGCAUUUAAUUAUCACACCUCUGUCAUAUAGGCCU